AUGGGGCUGACCUUGGCUCGUUACAAUACGAACAACCCUGUUUCGUUGAACGAGCAAGAAGCUUGGGAAAGUGACACGUUCCGAAAGAGCCAUCGACUGUCGACCGACAUGCUUCGCCAACGAAAUGGCAAAUGUCGUGCUAAAAUAACGUUCUUCCACCAGGGAGGAUUAUGUGUUGAUGGAAGGUCUAAAUUUAGUGGAGCAAGUAGAUCACUCUGGCUGAGCAAGUACAGAAAAUGUACGAGUACUGUCGAUUUUUCCAAAAAAUCAUAAUUAAACUUUCAAUUUUUCUGGGGAUGAAGUUACAUUUCGAUGAAGAAAUGAUAUGUACAUUUUAUCGUAUAUUAUUCAAAUUGGUGAUUGCUAAAAAUUUGAACCAAAUGUACGAUAAUAAGAUAAUAAGAUGUGACAGCGAUGCUUAUUUCAUCGAAAAACUGUACUAUAUCUCCGUGUGAUUUUAUCUAAGAAAAAUUUUCUUAACUUUACGUUAAAUUGUGCAAACGGAGCUAAUACUCAUCGAAGCUGAUUUAAGAUAUUAAUUUCUUUUUUUUUUAAUGACAGCCAACUUUGAACUUGAAUUUCCAACUCUUUUGUGA